AUGAUAUGCCUUUCAAUUCUAAGAAAAACUUUCAAAAUGAAUCUUGAAUUUGUAUGUUUGUUGUUGCUUCUUUCAUGGCUUAUGGUUUUAGAUCAUUCAACAGCAGCUACAUCUCUUGCAAAGCCUGGUUGUGAAGAGAGAUGUGGUAACCUUACAAUUCCAUAUCCAUUUGGAUUGAGUGCUAGUUGCUCCCUUAACUCGUGGUACUUGAUCAAGUGCGAUAAAAGUCAUGAUCCUCCUAAGCCUUUCUUGAAUUCAUUUCUGCAAGUUGAACUUCAAAGUGAGGUGAUAUCUGUGUCAAUUGAAAACCAAACUAUCAUUACCUCAGUUUCAAUAGUGAAUUUUUGCAACAAAUCGAGUGAAGGUAGUAAAAUCAUCACAACGGGGACAGAUUUGUCUGGAAGUCCUUUUUAUUACGCGAAGGAUAGGAAUAAGUUGAUGCUUGUUGGUUGUGGAAAUGGUCUUGUGACACAGAAACAAAAUGUUCUCUCGGGGUGUACAUCGAUCUGUAGUGAAGGGGCAACGUUGACAGGAUGUUAUGGCAUCAACUGUUGUCAAUCUCUUUUCCCUUUUGAUCUAAGUUCAUACAAAGCUAACUUCACUAACUCGGGGAUUCAGCAAGGUGCUUACCCGAGAUGUAGUGCAGUUUUCUUGGUAGACCAAACUUGGGUUCCAGAUGAAGUUGCACAGCCCUUUGUUUUUCUUGGUCAUGCUCCUGUUGUUUGGCUCUGGACUCUCCAAGCCAAAGAGUUAGAAGCCGGAUUGCUCUGCGACAAAUCUGAGGCUGCUGUUAAGUUGGAAGAUGGUACUUCUGUGGCAAAUUUGCAGUGUCGCUGUGGAAAUGGAACACAAGGAAAUCCAUACUUCUCUAACGGAUGCCAAGCCAUUCAACGAUGCACCAAUUGCACAGACAUGGUAAUCUAUAUGAAGCGAUCUCCCACAAUCGCUUUAUUCAGUGUAUCCAUAAGUAUCGGAGUAUUUCUACUACUGUCUUUGAGCUAUUUAUUGUACAAAACAGUCAAGAAGAGAAGGAACAAAAGACAAAGACAAAAGUUUUUUAAGCGAAAUGGCGGCCUCUUACUACAACAGCAGCUAUCAUCCAAUAAUGAAGGUACUAUUGACAAAGGAAAACUUUUCACUGCUAAAGAGCUGGAGAAGGCAACAGACCACUUCAAUGAAAAUCGCAUACUUGGUCGUGGAGGUCAAGGUACGGUAUAUAAGGGCAUGUUACCUGAUGGAAAGAUUGUAGCAGUGAAAAAGUCCAAGCUGGUAGACGAAAACCAGUUGGAUCAGUUUAUCAACGAGGUGGCUGUUCUUUCACAAAUCAAUCACAGGAAUGUGGUGAAGCUACUCGGCUGUUGUUUGGAAACAGAAGUUCCUCUACUUGUAUACGAAUUCAUAAUUAAUGGCACACUUUACAGCCUCAUACAUAAUGAGAACAAUGAGUUUCCCUUUACAUGGAGCACGCGUUUGAGAAUUGCCACAGAGGUAGCUGGAGCAUUGACUUAUCUACACUCAGCAACUUCUGUUCCAGUCUAUCAUAGGGACAUCAAAUCAAGCAAUAUACUUUUAGAUGAAAAAUACCGUGCCAAGGUAUCAGAUUUCGGCACUUCAAGGUCUAUUGCAAUUGAUCAAACUCACCUAACGACCGGAGUCCAAGGGACAUUUGGCUAUUUAGAUCCUGAGUACUUCCAAUCCAGCCAAUAUACUGAAAAAAGUGAUGUCUAUAGCUUCGGAGUUGUUCUUGCUGAACUCUUAACAGGAAAGAAAGCAAUUUCAACCACAACAAACCAAGACAGAAGUUUAGCAACAAACUUCCUUUUGGCAACAGAGAGAAAUCUCCUUGAUACGAUUAUCUAUACAAAAAUUUCACAGGAAGGUAGAAAGGAGGAUAUAAUGGCGGCUGCUAGUAUAGCGUAUCGUUGCAUGAACUUGAAUGGAAAGAACAGGCCAACUAUGAAGGAAGUAACCACAGCAUUGGAAGCCAUCAGAUCACAAAUGCCAGCUGCAGCAGUAACAAAUUUUCAACUGGAUAAGGGUGAUACAGCAGAAAGAACUGUGAUAUCAGAAGUUAACUACACAUGGACAAACACAAGUACCUCAUCUUCAGAUAUCCAUCCUUUGUUGUUUGAAACUAGUUAAUUAUUACUCCCUCUAUCGGAGAAAGAAUGUGUGUGUCUGUUUGUUCAACUUUACAUUAGUUUAAAUGUCUACUUCUACACACCUAUAGUUUGGAGAGCAUAGAUGCUAGUUGAAGCCAAGUUAAAGGGCACAUAAAUAUUAUGCCUACAAUAAGUGGCCGAAAAUACCUCUAGCACCGAAAUAACAAACAAUUUUCAUUUGACA